CUCUUCUCUUCUCUUCCAUUGAUUCCAUAUGGGGUUGCUGCCUGCUAACCCUCUGUAAUCAUGACUCCUCGUGCCAUCAUUCCCAUGAAAAGCCUCUCUCUCUCUCUCUCUCUCUCUCUCUCUCUCUCUCUCUCUCUCACGCAGUUGCUUGCUUUUUCUCCUUCCCCCGUCUGCUUCUACUCAUUCAUUUUUCUGACCAAAAAUCCCACCCUCCACCUCCUCUUACCAAUACCAUUUCUCUAUAAAUCACUAUUAUCUUGCACAUUCAUCUCUUACAUGUGCAGUUCAAUUCCUCUCUCCCCCCCUCUCUCUCUCUCUCUCUCUCUCUCUGCUAGUAAGAUGUGCAGUAUUAACUCCUCAGAGAUGAUCCCACGCUGCGUUCUGUACUCUGCUGCUCGCCCACGGCGGCUAUUAAAGAGACCAAAUAUUAAAGUUCUCCGGCUAAACAGGAGAAGGAGGAUAAGAUCAAAAGAAGAAAAAGAUAAGGUGGGUAAGGGGUUUGUUGUGAAGGCACGGAUGGAGAUGAAGAACUGGAAGCUGUACAUGAAGAAUCAGAGCAUCAUAGAAGAGAACGAGAAGCUGAGAAAGAAAGCUAUGCUUCUCCACCAAGAGAACCAAAACUUGCUCUCUCUCCUCCAGCAGAAAUUCUCUCCUCCCCACAAUCACAACAACAAUAGCUAG